CGUGCGUGCUGUUAAGUGGGGUUGCGCGCGGCUCCUGCGGAUCUGCCGCCAUGUGGCGCUGCGGGCGUGCUGCGGGUCCCCUGCGGAGGCUGAGCGGGGCCAACCUUGGAGCCCGGAGGUGGGGGAGCACGGCCUGUGAGCGGGCACUGCGCUACCAGGUCGGAGAAAAGAUCCACGAAUUCACCGUGAACCAGGUGACAUCCAUCCCUGAGCUGUUCCUGACAGCGGUGAGGCUCAGCCAUGACAGCACCAAGGCCCAGUACUUACACCUGGCCAGGGAGGACCCCAACAACCUGUUCAGCGUGCAGUUCCGCACCACGCCCAUGGACAGCACAGGCGUGCCCCACGUGCUAGAGCACACGGUCCUGUGUGGCUCGAAGAGGUACCCCUGCAGGGACCCUUUCUUCAAGAUGCUCAACCGCUCCCUGUCCACAUUCAUGAACGCCUUCACAGCAAGCGAUUACACUCUGUACCCGUUUUCCACACAAAACCACAAGGACUUCCAGAACCUUCUCUCCGUGUACUUGGAUGCAGCCUUCUUCCCCUGCUUGCGGGAACUGGAUUUCUGGCAGGAAGGCUGGCGGCUGGAGCACGAGAACCCCAGUGACCCCCAGACACCCCUGAUCUUCAAAGGAGUCGUCUUUAACGAGAUGAAGGGAGCAUUCACAGAUAACGAGAGGAUAUUCUCCCAGCACCUUCAGAACCGACUUCUUCCUGACCACACGUACUCGGUGAUCUCGGGCGGCGACCCACUGUGCAUCCCAGACCUGACGUGGGAGCAGCUGAAGCAGUUCCACGCCACACAUUACCACCCCAGCAAUGCCAGGUUCUUCACUUAUGGUAACUUCCCACUGGAACAGCACCUGAAGCAGAUUCAAGAAGAAGCGUUGAGUAAAUUUGAGAAAAUUGAGCCACGCACCAUAGUUCCAGCCCAGAAGCCAUGGGACAAGCCGCGGGAAUUCCAUGUAACGUGCGGCCCAGACUCCCUGGCAGCAGACUCCUCUAAGCAGACCACUGUCAGUGUCAGUUUCCUGCUCUCAGACAUCACUGAUACGUUCGAGGCCUUCACGCUGAGUCUGUUGUCUUCGCUCCUGAUUGGUGGACCCAACUCCCCCUUCUACAAAGCCCUGAUUGAGUCUGGGCUUGGUACAGACUUUUCUCCUGAUGUCGGCUACAACGGCCACACCCGGGAGGCCUACUUCAGCGUGGGCCUGCAGGGGAUCUCGGAGAAAGAUGUGGGGAAGGUCCGAGACCUCAUCGACAGGACCAUCGAGGAAGUCGCCGAGAAAGGGUUUGAAGACGACCGCAUCGAAGCCUUACUCCAUAAGAUUGAGAUCCAGAUGAAGCAUCAGUCUGUCAGCUUUGGACUCGCCUUGACCUCGUACAUAGCCUCCUACUGGAACCACGACGGGGACCCUGUGGAGCUCCUGAAGCUGGGUGGCCAGGUGGAACAGUUCAGACGCUGCCUAAAGGAAGACCCCAAGUUUUUGCAAGAAAAAGUCAAACAGUACUUUAAGAGUAACCAGCACAAGUUGACUCUGACAAUGAAACCAGAUGACAAGUAUUCCGAGAAACAAACACAGAUGGAAACAGAGAAGCUGAAGCAAAAAGUCAGCGUGCUUUCCCAGGAAGACAAGCAGCGGAUCUACGAGAAAGGUUUAGAAUUACAGACUGAACAGAGCAAGCCCCAGGACGCCUCCUGCCUCCCAGCACUGAAGGUGUCAGACAUCACGCCCUCCCUCGUGGGCACAGAGCUGGAGGUGGCCCUGGCAGCUGGAGACACGCCCGUGCAGUACUGCGCCCAGCCCACCAAUGGUGUGAUCUACUUCCGGGCCUUCUCCAGCCUCAACUCCCUCCCCGAGGAGCUCAGGCCCUAUGUGCCCCUCUUCUGCAGCGUCCUCACCAAGCUGGGCUGCGGCCUUCUGAACUACCGAGAGCAGGCCCAGCAGAUUGAGCUCAAGACAGGAGGCAUGACCGUCUCCCCCCAUGUGCUGCCGGAUGACUCGAACCUGGACUCCUACGAGCAGGGUGUGCUCUUCUCGUCUUACUGCCUGGACAGAAACCUGCCUGACAUGAUGCAUCUGUGGACUGAAAUAUUCAACAGCCCCUGCUUUGAAGAGGAGGAGCGUUUCAAAGUGCUGGUGAAGAUGGCCGCCCAGGAGCUGUCCAACGGGAUCCCAGACUCGGGCCACCUCUACGCAGCCUUGCGAGCGGCCAGGACACUGACGCCCGCGGGAGACCUGAAGGAGACCUUCAGCGGGAUGGACCAGGUGAGGCUGAUGAAGAGAAUUGCAGAAAUGACGGACAUCAAGCCGGUGCUGAGGAAGCUGCCGCGUAUCCAGAAACACCUGCUGAACCGUGACCACCUGAGGUGUUCGGUGAAUGCCACUCCUCAGCAGCUGUCACAGAGCGAACAAGUGGUGGAGAGUUUCCUCAGAAGCCUCAGUCGGAGCAAAAAGGAGCGGAAGCCAGCACGUCCACACAUGGUGGAGAAAACGUCACCUAGCGGACCCAGUGGCAGUGGAUGCAGAGGCCCCCAAAUCAUAAGAAAGCUGGUCACAGACCCCACUUUCAAACCCUGCCAGAUGAAGACACAUUUCCUCCUUCCCUUCCCAGUCAACUACGUGGGCGAGUGUGUGAGAACUGCCCCCUACACUGACCCCGACCACGCCAGUCUUAAAAUCCUGGCCCGGCUGAUGACCUCCAAGUUCUUGCACACAGAAAUCCGAGAGAAAGGUGGUGCCUACGGCGGGGGCGCCAAGCUCAGCCACAAUGGGAUAUUCACUCUGUAUUCUUACAGGGACCCACAAUCCACAGAAACCCUCCAGAGCUUCUCGAAGGCCGUGGACUGGGCCAAGGCAGGGCGGUUCUCCCAGCAGGACAUAGAUGAAGCCAAGCUCUCUGUGUUCUCUGCUGUGGAUGCACCGGUGGCCCCUUCAGACCAAGGGAUGGAUCACUUCCUGUACGGCCUCUCAGACGAGAUGAAGCAGGCCCACCGGGAGCAGCUCUUCGCCGUCAGCCAUGAAGACCUGGUCCGCGUGAGCAGCAAGUACCUCGGUGUCGGGAAAAGCACACACGGGCUGGCCGUCCUGGGGCCUGAGAACACGAAGCUCGCCAAGGACCCUUCCUGGAUCGUGAGAUGAUGACCCAGCUCCUGGCACACGGACCCCAAAGUCUUGAUCGUUCUUAAAAAUCUUGCCAGAGGCAUCAGAAAGUCAGACCAGAGUUUCUGAGAGUGAAGAAGCCAGCCAUCACAUGGGGAAUACAGAGGUGUUACGCAUCAUUCUAGAAUCUUCAGUGUGCUCGUUUUAUCUCCUAACUCCAGAGUAUUUAUUUUUGAAGUGGAAAAAUAAAAGGCAACUCCAGCUUA